AAUUACGCUAGAUUAGUUAACAUCACUCACUAAACUGGUUCGCCUGAAUAUUUGCGCCCGACUAGGAACUAUGAAACUGUAUCUGGUUUGUUUUAUACAUCUGACUGUAACAUCCCAAAUCAACUCAAAAUUAUCUCAAAUGUUGGCUUUCUUGUAAAAGCAUCACGUCACACUCAAGAUACCAGAUACUGACAUCCUCUGCAGCCGUUUAAAUUCACAACUGGUUUCUUCGCGCCUCACUCUGGGGCCAGGAAAUUACUUUUGAAACACUUUUCAAACACUGCUGAAAUGCAGGCGUGUCAGUGACGUGAUGAACGUAAUUACUAUUAUCUAUUUUAGAUAUUCACAAAUCUGGUUUACCUCGACAUGGUAGGUAGCGAAACCCUGUGAAUAAGCAGUGCAGCUAGGCUGGAGAACAUUAAACGUCCUGGACUGACAAGGACAAAGGCUGUUGAGGUUUGCGGUGAAGCGAGGACAGGUGCUGUAAAGGGACACUGCACAAAGAAUGACAAAGAUGAGUAAGCUGAAGUGGUGGUGCUUCACAUUCAGGCCGGUGUCCAGUGCCCCACGUGCGUUUACUAUUUUGAUGGCUGUCAUCACUUUGUUACUUUACAUGAUCUUCGGGACUCGGCAAUGUGAUACACAAGAGCUUAAGAAAGGAAAGCAUCCAGAUCCACAAUUAUACCAUGUGGCUUAUCCCAAUAAAUACCAGUUCAUCCUGGACCAACCAGACAAGUGCCAUCACAACCCUUUUUUGGUGGUCAUCGUUCCAGUGGCCCCCAAUGAUGUGCUGGAACGGAACGCCAUAAGGAAUACAUGGGGGUACGAGAAGCUGGUUCAAGAAAAACAUGUUGUGGUCCUGUUCCUACUGGGCUUACCGAGUGGGAAAAACGCAGAAAUGCAACAGGCACGUAUACACCAGGAGAACGUGCGGCACCGGGACUUGCUUCAGAGCAACUUCAUAGACUCCAUAAGGAACGCGACUGUUAAAACCAUGGUGAUGUUCGAAUGGCUGAGAGAUCGCUGUCCCCAGGCAUAUUAUGCUGCGAAAGUGGACCCCGACAUUCUGUUUAAUGUCAGAGGUCUGAUAAGUAUGUUGCUUAGCCCCCACACUCCUCAGAGGAACUACCUCAUUGGCCAGGUGCGACAGAACAAUUCUGCAAUAAGAAACCCAGCGAGCAGGCUUUACAUCCCUCCUGAGGUGUAUUCCAAGUCAGUACAUCCAGCAUACCCUUUGGGAAAGUGCUACAUAAUGUCUAAGGACCUGCCAGCAAAGAUUCUGACCGCAUCAAAGGAAAUUAAGCCUAUUAUAAAAGAUGAUCUGUAUAUUGGCUUAUGCCUUGAAUGGCUCCGUAUUACUCCCAUGAAUAUUCCAAACCCUGAUCAGUUUGUGUUCAUCCCACCUUUACUGUACGACAGGUGCUACUAUUCCAACCUCAUUGCUGUGAUUAUAUACACUCCUGCUCAGCUGGUUUCCUUAUGGACAGAUAUUCACAAACCGGGCCCCGCCUGUUUACCCUAUAAUUAAGGGCUUAUUGAUUAAACAAGCUUAACAGGUUUAAAGACAAAGUCAAGAUACAUUGGAAACAAAAAGGGAAAACCUUAGGAAACAUAAUAGCAUAGUUUCCACAGACAUCCAUUGCUAGUGUUUGCAACUAAGACUAUGGCUUACUUUAAUAUUUUAUACUGCAUACUUCAGUUCAUCGGUCCAAAUCACGCUCCGAAAUGUCAGAUCUCUCUAGUCUCCUAGAAUACCGAUAAUACAAUUAGACAGGGCAGAACAAAAACAUGAUAAUCCAAAAACCUGCCAUGAAGAGAACCAAGUACGUUCUGAUUAUGUUAACUAUAUUAUACAUAAAUUCCCAGUUACUUUUGUAUCUUUUCCACCACUGAUGGGGUGUGUUUCUUCUUUGCAAUUCUGUUAUUUUUUAAAUAUGGAUUGAAGUAUUAAAGCAUUUGGGGUGCACUUUAAAGAUUGAAAUAAAUGGUUGUACUGAUCAAUGGUUACCAAGUAACUCAU